UGCGGCGCGCGGAAGGGUCUUGGGGAUGAAGGAACCCCCGUCCGGGUGGACGGAUGCAAGCGCGGGGAGCCGAGGAUCCGCAGCAAUCAGUUGAACCUGAAGUCUGACCCUCAAGUCCCGACACUGGAGCUCUGGGGCUUUGUGGGAUUGUCUCUCGACCUGGGAAUCUCACCUUCUAUGGAAGUUUCCUGGUGGCAGAACCAUCAAAUCGAUGAGUGGAGGGGACAGCAGGAGAAAGGAGCCUGGGAGGACAUCUUUGAAGAUGCCUUGGAAAACAUCCCUCUAUCUUCGCUAACAGAGAUGGCAUCAGGCAUUCGUCACUUGGGAUUGCUUGAUUCUAAACGGGCAUCUGGACAGCAGGGACCAUCCAGUUUGAGCAGGUCAUCAACAACCGAGGUGGGUCUCAAGACUGGCCUGGAAGAAUGUGCAUUGGCCUUGAAUUUAUUUCUAAGUAACAAAUUUUCAGAUGCCUUAGAAUUGCUUCGUCCAUGGGCUAAGGAGAGCAUGUACCAUGCCUUGGGCUACAGCACCAUUGUGGUGCUACAGGCGGUCAUGACCUUUGAGCAACAGGACAUCCAAAAUGGCAUCUCUGCCAUGAAGGACGCUUUACAGACCUGCCAAAAGUAUAGGAAAAAAUGCACAGUCGUAGAAUCUUUCUCAAGUUUUCUUUACAGAGGAUCACUGGAACAGCUGACUGAAGAGGAAAUGCAUGCUGAAAUCUGUUAUGCCGAGUGUCUCCUGCAGAAAGCAGCACUCACGUUUGUGCAGGAUGAAAAUAUGAUCAGCUUCAUCAAAGGUGGACUCAAAAUUAGAACAAGUUAUCAAACAUAUAAGGAAUGUCUUUCUAUCCUGCAAGUAAUUCAGAAGAAUAAACUUGAGCAACAGUUCUUCUCUGAGUUUGAAGGUGGUGUCAAGCUUGGAAUUGGAGCCUUUAAUUUGAUGCUGUCCCUUUUACCAGCAAGGAUUAUCAGACUAUUAGAAUUUAUUGGAUUUUCUGGAAAUAGGGAGUUGGGUCUCAAGCAGUUACAAGAAGGUGCAUCAGGAAGAAGCAUAAGGUCUCCACUAUGCUGCUUAACUAUACUAGCUUUUCAUACUUAUAUCUCCCUAAUACUUGGUACAGGAGAAGUGAAUAUUGUGGAAGCAGAGAGGCUCCUUGCACCCUUCCUCCAGCAGUAUCCAAAUGGCUCACUCAUGUUGUUUUAUCAUGCCCGAAUAGAGCUGCUGAAAGGGAAUGUUGAAGAGGCACAAGAGAUAUUCCGAAAAUGCAUUUCAGUUCAAGAAGAAUGGAAACAGUUUCACCAUCUCUGUUACUGGGAGUUAAUGUGGAUUUAUGUUUUCCAACAAAACUGGAUGCAGGCAUAUUACUAUUCAGAUCUGCUUUGCAAAGAGAGUAAAUGGUCCAAGGCAACCUAUGUGUUUCUGAAAGCUGCAAUUUUAAGUAUGCUUCCAGAGAAGGAUGUGGUAGCAACAAAGGAGAAUGUGACAACUUUAUUCAGACAGGUGGAAAGCUUGAAGCAGAGAAUAGCUGGCAAAUCUAUUCCUACUGAGAAAUUUGCAGUGAGGAAAUCACGACGUUACUCCGUCUCGUUGCCUGUACCUGUGAAGCUCGUCUUGCCAGCCCUGGAAAUGAUGUAUGUCUGGAAUGGUUUUCCAAUAGUGAGCAAAAGAAAAGACCUUUCUGAAAAUUUAUUGAUAACUGUUGAGAAGGCUGAGGCAGCUUUACAAAAUGAAAACUUCAAUGACUACACCAUGGAUGACGAGUGCUUAGUAAAGUUGCUGAAAGGAUGCUGUCUGAAGAAUUUACAAAGGCCCUUACAAGCUGAAUUGUGUUUCAAUCAUGUUGUUCAAAGUGAAAAGCUCCUGAAGUAUGACCACUACCUAGUGCCAUUCACUCUGUUCGAGUUGGCAUUUUUGUACAAAAGCCAAGGAGAGAUUGACAAAGCCAUAAAGGCCCUAGAGACUGCAAGAAACAACUACAAAGAUUAUUCCAUGGAGUCCAGACUACACUUCAGAAUUCAGGCAGCACUUCAACUCUGGAAAAAUCCUUCCUCAGAUUGAUGGGAACUUGAAGAAUGGGAUUUUCCCCCAAUUAGCAUUGCCAUCUGCUACAGAUGGGACCUUUUAUUAAAGUGGAAAAAUGAUUGUAAACAAGAAACAAAAAAACAAUUUUAUUGUCAAUAUUUUCUAUUGUCUGUGUGCUUUACUGUUGGUCUCUGUAAGUUUUUUUGUUUGUUUGUUUUGUUUUUUAUUCCCUGUGGAACAAUGUUCAAUACUAUCUAGAAAAUUCUUAUAUUUGCUUCCCCCCAAAAAAUGUUCAUAUUAAAACUUGAAUUGGGGAGUUGAAGAAGUCUUUUAAAAAGACUCACAGGUAACAAUAAAGUCUAUUAGAGUAUUUAUUUUUUUAAUGUGGAAAUUAAUAUUUUUAAGUAGCAAAUGGUGUAUACGUUGAGCCAUUUUUAUAUUUGUUGGCCAGUUAAAUUUCAAAGUUAUUUUGUUGCCUAGUAUUUAAAUUUCCAGAGGGGAAAUAGAAAAUCAUCUAAAUUCAAAGAUACCUUAUCAGUGACCUUCUGAAGGCUUCUGAUAAAGACAGGCAGUGGGCAAGAACAGGGACAGGAUAAUGUUGCAGCUACUUAAUAGGUUGAAGAGUCCUGUAUUUAGAAAAGAUGUGUUGUUAUUUUUUAAAUUCUUUCUUCAUAUUGGUUAAAAGGUAAUGAGAUAUUUUUGAGAGACUAUCCUCUUUCUGAAUGUAUUAAGUGUAUUAUAUGAAUAAAAUUUUAAGAACCUAUAUAUCUAAAGGGAAGAAAAACUCCAUGAGAGACUGAAAAUAUAUGUUAUUAUUUUUCAUAUAGGAAGCAAAGUAAAAUUCCUGCUGCUUUAAAUAGUAUGUAAAAUAUCAAUCAUUUUACACCCAUGGGACUGAUGUGUAAGAUCUAACUUUCUAAUCUCUCUAAGACUGUGAAGGUUCCUUGUAAAUUCGUGGACUGUGCUUAGUCCUUUAAUUGGGGAAUACAAUCAAGGGAUGGUAUGGAAGAGACUAAUCCUCUGUGGUCCUGGCCCUACUACCCCUUAACUGGGGGACCGGAGACCUUAAAUGAGUCUCCUGCUCGCUCUGCAUCGCCACAUUUUUUCCAUCUGUGAAUGGAAAAAAGAGCAGGUGACUUUGAAGGUCUGUUUCAUAACUGUGAGUCUGUAUUAGGUAUUUUUUUCAACAAUGGCAAAAAUGUUUACUCACAAAUCAUUCCCAUUUAUUUUGCAAUCAUCACUGUUCUCCUCCCCUCUCCCAUAUGUAUGAGUGGUGGCUGAGGACCAAGUUGCAUCCAGAGCAAGGAAAAAUGAUGGGUGGAUUGAUGAAUUAGGUUUGUCUUGUUUCUAUUGUAAAGAAGAAUAACUUGUCAUGGAGGCCUCUGUUGUUUAACAGAAAGAGCCAAGAUUGGGAGUCAGGAGCCCCAUCUCUGUUGGUUAAUGAUACCUUGACAUGGAGCCCAUUGCUCACUCCUUUCUGGGUGUCAGUUUCCUCAUAUGUGCAGUGGGGACAGCAACAUAGUACUUGGUGCUUAUGAGGUUUCAAUUAGAUCAUGCAUAUAAUAGCUCUUUGUAAACUGAGGGGCUGUACAAGGUUGAGUUUUUAUAAUAAUUAUGGUUUGUAUGCAGUGAUUACAAAUUACUGGCUGAUUCUGGGGACCCUGCUAUAAAAUGAAAUAAGCAUGAAAGUCAAACUUUUUAAUGUAUUCAUGUGACUGAUACUGACAGUAGCCCAGUUAAUGUAUCUGUGCCUUGCUGUGCCUUCCUACGUUGUUCUGCAUUCAGCAGGUAUGUGGUCUUGUUUUCUUCAGUGUACUGAUUCUUGACUAAUACUGUGAAUGUAUUUCCAUUGGAAGAUGAUUAAUACAACUCUAGCCAGAGAACUAGCCUUCCAGAGAGAAGGCUGGUAAAUAUCAAUAUGUGCAAUUAAUAUGAAUAACAUAACCCUACUUUUAGGAUUGGAUAAAAGAGGAAAUAAAAAUCAGCUGUUUUGACAAUUAGCUUGGAAAAUAUGUUCAAUAAUUAUUUUGUAAAUAUCUUUGAAAAAAGUUUAUAACUUUCUUAGAAGAGCUUUGGUAUCAUUGUUUUUAAAGCAUUUUCCCCCAUUUUGUUUGUGAGAAGCUACAAUUCAGAGCAGAAGGUCGUAAAAAAUUGUCUUUCCAGUACAAAGUGAAAACUUUUAAACUAAUAGUAGUUUUUAUUUUAACUCUGCAUGCCCAAGCAUAUAGAAAAAGAAAUUAAUAUCUCCCAUUUAAAAUUUCCUUUAUUUUUUCUUAUUUUCUUUUUAUUACUUCCUAUAUAUUUUUUUAUAGUUACCUAGCAAUAUGGAUAAUCUAUCCUAUAGAUUAAAAAAAUUUUUUUAUUGUGGUAGCAUAUAUUAAAUACAAAAUUUCCAUGUUAACUACUUUCACGUAUACAAUUCCGUGAUGUUAACCGCAUUCACAAUAUUGAGCUACCAUCACCACCAUCCAUUACACACACUUUUUCAUAACCCCAAACAGAAACUCUGUACCCAUUAGGCAAUAGCUCCUCAUUCCUCCCUUCCCUUCUCCAGCCCUUGGUAGCCUGUAUUCUACUUUCCGCCCCUGUUUGUUUAUUCUAGGUGUUUCAGAUAAGUCAAGUCAUACGAUAUUUGUCCAUUUGUGUCUGGCUUAUUUCAUUCAACACGAUGUCUUCAAGGUUCAUCCAUGUUGUAGCAUUUAUCAGAACUUCAUUCCCUUUUAUGGCUGAAUAUAUUCCAUUGUAUGUA